UCAAAACCCUACUCCACUGCCCAACUGUACUCCUUCCAUUCCUUCGACUCUUUCGUUCUUCUUCUUCUGUAUCAGUACUCAGUAGCGGGGGUUGCUGGUGGUGGUGGGCGGUACACUAUGUCGGCCUUGUCCAGAGGAGGUAUCAUUUCCCGUUUCCGAUAUCUCUCACUCACUCCGGCUACAACGUCCUGUACUAGCAGUAGAAGAUUCUGUAGCUCUGAUUCAUUGGUAGAUGCCCAUGAAGCCACUCGUAUUAUCGAAGCCAAGCCUGGCGUCAUGACCCCAAAUUCAAGGCGACCUGGUCUCAUCGCCAUCAAAUGUGGUAUGACGGCACUUUGGGACAAAUGGGGUGCUAGGGUUCCAAUUUCAGUUCUCUGGGUCGAUGAUAAUAUCGUCUCUCAGGUCAAGACUCCUGAAAAAGAAGGCAUCAUUUCCUUACAGAUCGGUUGUGGACAGAAGAAAGAAAAGCAUUUGACCAAAGCUGAAGUGGGUCAUUUCAGAGCUCAAGGUGUUCCCAUGUUAAGAAAAUUGAGGGAAUUUCCUGUAACAGAAGAUGCACUUCUUCCAGUGGGUACUUCAUUGGGUGUUCGUCAUUUUGUUCCAGGUCAAUAUGUGGAUGUAACAGGAAUCACAAAAGGGAAAGGUUUCCAGGGUGUGAUGAAAAAAUAUGGAUUUAAAGGAGGCCCAGCUUCUCAUGGUGCAUCAUUAUCUCAUCGAAGUCCUGGUUCCACCGGUCAGAGGGAUGCUCCUGGAAAGGUUUUUAAAGGCAAAAAGAUGCCUGGGCGAAUGGGUGGGCAGCAAAGAACUGUUAAAAAUGUUUGGGUUUACAAAAUUGAUCCUGCAAGGAAUUUGAUGUGGUUGAGAGGCCAGGUCCCGGGUGCUGAAGGAAACUUUGUAUUUAUAAAAGAUGCUGUUUAUAAGAAACCUGACAUAUCGCAGCUUCCAUUCCCAACAUACUUCCCCGCCGAAGACGAGGAGACAGCAGAAUUGGAACCUCUGGUUGCUGAUCUUGGGGAAGUUGAUCCAUUCAUGGUGGCAGAUUAAUCUGGAUCCAAGUGUUAAAAACACCCUGAAGAAGUAGAGUCAGGUUGGUCAGCUUGAUUAGCUUGUGAUCAUUGCUUUUGUAGUGAAACAUACAGUUUGGCAGAUUUGUUGUGAGAGCAAUGUGGAAGGUGGCUAGAGGGAAUGUAAUCUUCUUAUGUUUUGAGUGGAUUCAUCCUCAGAAAAUUUUGAAUGUGGCUAACCUUUCAUUGAAACUGGGUGAAUGAAAUAAGUUUAGAAAGUUGUUGAUA